CCGGAAACACGGAAACAGGAAACACGGAAACAGGAAUCCGUCCAGCCAGGAGACUCUGUGACUCUGAACUGUACAAUAUACACUGAGACCUGUGUAGGAGAACACAGUGUCUAUUGGUUCAGACAUGGCUCAGGAGAAUCCCAUCCAGGAAUCAUUUACACCCAUGGAGACAGGAGUGAUCAGUGUGAGAAGAGACCUGAGGCUGGGUCUCCUACACAGAGCUGUGUCUACAACCUUCCCAAGAGGAACCUCAGCCUCUAUGAUGCUGGGACUUACUACUGUGCUGUGGCCUCAUGUGGGGAGAUACUGUUUGGAGACGGGACCAAGCUGGACAUUGACUAUGGUUGUAAGGAGGACCAUCUUCUGUUCCUGUAUUGCCUUGGCGUAGCGUUGGGUCUGUGUGUCCUCCUCAUCAUUGUCCUUACUUGUGUUUUGUACAAGAUGAGCAAGUGCAUAGGAACGCACCCUCAGCCAAGUGGUCCUGCAGUCCCCAGUCAUGAUAACCAGGAUCAAGAGCCUGAUACUCUCCAUUACGCCGCUCUGAACGUCAUCCACAAGAAACCAAAGGCCGGGAGACAGAGGAGCGCCAUGGAGAGAGACACUGUGUACUCUGGUGUGAGACGCCAAAACAUGGACUGAAAUCUCAACUUUUCCUCUUUAAUAACUUGCAUUGAUUCUGUGUUUUUUACACUGUAUGUUUGACUAUGGCUUUUUCAUUGUAAGUUACAAUUACUUACAGCUUCUUUUUACAUUGAUUCUGUUGUUCAAUUUUGAUCAAAUUAAACAUUAAA